AUGUAUGAAACAUAUUCAAUUUCAGAUGUCAUAGAAACCGAUGCAAGGUUUCAACCAUUGAAGGAUAAACUAGCUGGUUAUGUUAAGGGCUCAGAUGAAUAUUUGGCAGAGUUGAUAAACGAGCUUCCACUAAAUAGUUAUCCAGAUUAUAAGACAUAUUUAAAGAAACAAGCUGUCCCCAUGAGCAAAUAUGUCAGUAAUGAUGUCGAUAAUGAUAAAGGUAUUGAUGCAAACUUGCAUUAUAGCGAUACAUUUAGAAAUAGUCUUUCCCCUGAGAAAUUGGUUACCUGUGUAGAUCAGAAAUUAAACACAGGCUACGAACAUUUUAUGUUCUCUGCGAGAAGAUGGCCUGAUAAUGGUUGUUUAGGUAGAAGAACAUAUGACCAUACAACAGACCUAUGGUCAGAACAGUAUCAUUUUGAAACGUAUAGACAAGUUGCUGAAAGAGCUCAUGCAUUUGGGUCUGGUAUUAUGUCUCUAGUUAACGUAAAGAGAAAUAAACCACUUAAAUCCAAUAAUUUUAUAUUAGCUAUCUUGGCUCAUAAUAUGCCAGAAUGGAUUAUUACAGAUUUAGCUUGUCAAAGUUAUUCUAUCACUAACACAGCUUUGUAUGAGACAUUAGGUCCCAAAACUUCAGAGUACAUUAUGAAUUUGACCGAGAGUCCUGUAUUAGUGUUUGCAAAGUCGAAUAUGUACAAUGUACUUUCCAUCUUACCUGACCUUGAAUAUGUUAACACUCUGAUUUGUAUGGAAGAUUUAAAAGAAAGUGAACUUAAAUCUAUUAACGAAUCUCUUUUGACUAAAAAUUUUAAUAAACUGAAUGAGAAAAUUUCCGUGUUUUCAAUGAAACAAGUGGAAGAAAUUGGUAAGCUAAAUAAUAUUCCAUUGAUUCCGCCAACUCCAAAGACAACUUAUACAAUUUCUUUUACUUCUGGUACAACAGGUUUACCAAAAGGUGUAGUUCUAACUCACCAAGCUAUUACCUCUAGUAAUGCAUUCGUUUUAUCAUCAAUGAAGGUUCCCAGCAGUAAGAAAAACAAACAACUGUACGAUAUGUGUUUCUUACCUUUAACGCAUAUCUUUCAAAGACAAACUACGUCAUAUGCGUUAUCUAUGGGAGUCGGUUCUGGUUUUCUCCACAAACCGGAUCCUUUGGUUCUUGUCGAAGAUUUAAAGAUUUUGAAACCUGAUUUUUUAUCCAUGGUCCCCAGAAUAUUAACAAGAUUUGAAUCUGGUAUCAAGACAACCCUGAGUAAAUCUGCUAUUCAGAAAAAUAUCGCAUCUAACAUCAUAGAAAAUAAGGCUGCAAGGUUCAGCAGCCAUGGUGGUACAGAUCAUUCAUUAUUGAAUUUUCUAUUAUAUCAUCGUGUUUUAAUCGACAAAAUUAGGGAUUCGCUGGGGUUAACUAACGGAUCAUUUGUAGUGACUGGUUCAGCACCAAUUGCUAAAGAGACACUUCUAUUUUUGCGUAGUGCUCUAGAUAUCGGAAUAAGGCAAGGGUAUGGAUUAACAGAAUCAUUUGCUGGUAUAUGUCUAGCAGAACCUCACGAGAGAGAUAUUGGUUCAUGUGGUGCAGUUGGUAUUAGUACUGAAUGUAGAUUGAAAGAUGUCCCUGAAAUGUCCUAUUUCGCCAAAAAAGAUUUAAAAGGUGAAUUACAAUUAAGAGGCCCUCAGAUAUUUAGUAUGUAUUUUAAGAACCCAGAUGAGACUCAGGCUGCUAUAGAUAAAGAUGGUUGGUUUUCUACUGGUGAUGUUGGAUUUAUUGAUGCCAAAGGAAGAAUACAUAUAAUUGAUCGUGUGAAAAAUUUCUUUAAAUUGGCACAUGGAGAGUAUAUUGCCCCUGAGAAGAUUGAGAACGCCUACCUUUCCUCAUGUCCGUACAUUGCCCAACUGUUCAUCUUUGGUGAUCCAUUGCAGACUUAUCUCGUAGGUAUAGUCAGCUUAGAAUAUGAAGGUACACAAAAUGCAUUAUCACGUUCACACCCCGAAGUAUUGUCACUCUCACAAGAAAAAUUGUUUGAUAAGAUCAACAGUGAUCCUAUUUUGAAAAAAGAUCUGCUUUUGGCAAUUAAUCGCCACACAGAAGGUCUUCAGGGAUUUGAGAAACUACAUAACAUGGUCGUCGGAACGGAUCUUCUAAACGUGGAAAAUGGAACUGUCACUCCAACUCUAAAAAUUAAAAGGGUUGUAGCAACAAAAUAUUUUAAAAAGGAUUUGGAUCUUCUAUAUCAGCAAGGUUCUUUGAUCAGGGUAGAGAAAUUAUAA